GUGCUGCAGGCUAAACCUGCUGGCCUCGUCAACGCCAGUUCUCGCUUCUCCCCGUACUUAUCGUUACCCGCCCCGGCGAACACCAUACGGAAAAUACCCACCUACAUCAUCCUGGGCACGUCGAAGAGCUAGCAGUUCUGUCGACCGUCGAGAUGCACGUCCCCCGAGCCGCCACGUCGGCUUGUGCCGCGGCCGCCGCGGCCACCGCGCACCGGUUCGUCAUGUACUACGACCAGUGGCACGCGGCGUCUCCCACGAAAGGCCAGACGGCCGGAAUAACCCACGUUGUGACCGCCUUCGCCGGCUCGACCCUCUUCACCUCGGACCCGCCGGGCUCGCCCACGCCCUUCGUGGACGUGGCAACCCUGCGCACCCAGUUCGACGACGGCGUCAAGGUCUGCAUGGCCAUCGGGGGGUGGGGAGACUCCGCCGGCUUCACCACCGGCCAGAAGACCGAAGAGUCGCGCAAGACCUACGCGAAGGGCGUCGCCGCCACCCUCGACCGGCUAGGAUACGACUGCGUUGACGUCGAUUGGGAGUAUCCCGGCGGCAAUGGCGAGGACUACAAGCAGAAUCCAAACUCCGGCAAGACCGACGAGAUCGCCAGCUACGCCCUGCUCCUUCAGGAGAUCAAGGCCGCCAUCGGUGACAAGGAGCUGUCCAUUGCCGUCCCGGGACUAGAGAGGGAUAUGAUAGCGUUUACCCCCGAACAGGUCCCUCUAAUCGACGCCGCGGUCGAUGCGAUCAACGUCAUGACGUAUGAUCUGAUGAAUAGGCGUGACACGCAGACGAACCACCACACCUCGGUCGAGGGUUCGCUCGCGACGAUCGACAAGUACCUGUCGCUGGGGAUGACGGCGAGCAAGAUGAACCUGGGCUUCGCCUUCUACGCCAAGUUCUUCAAGACGACGGGCGAGUGCUCGCAGCCGGUAGGCUGCGCCACCGCCGAGCUCGAGGACGCCAACGGCGGCGACACCGGCCAGUCGGGCGCCGUCACCUUCCGCGAGACCCCGCCCGUGCUCGCCAGCGGCAUCCCCGACACCGAGAAGGGCGGCGUCUGGUACUGGGACCCGAGCACCAGCUACUUCUGGACCUGGGACUCUCCCCAGUUCAUCGCCCAGAAGUUCGAGACCAUCGUCAAGGCCCGCGGCCUCGGCGGCGUGAUGGCGUGGAGCUUGGGCGAAGACUCGUCCGACUGGACCUAUGUCAAAGCGCUCCAGGCCGGUCUGGCUACGCUCUAGGCCGUGUCCUCCGUGGCCCGGAACCAGCAGGGGCUCGUGUCUCCUGACGUAAGGAAGAGAGCUGUGAGAUAGCUUUUCGUGUAUAUUACUUUGAGGCCGAGGCGCGUCUGUUACCCUGUCUCUCGUCCCUGUAUGUAUAUAGUGUUCCCGUGACAAGCAUGUAUAUCGACCUCCUCAGCCGAGAGCGGACAGUAUGAGUGCUGUAGCGGGUAGUAUCGGUUGACCCCCGUACGUUGAGGCGUAGGCUG